UUCAGACUCAUGGGGUGUUUUAUAGAAUCUUUUGCUGUCUGUUUAGUUUCAGAACAUUGAGAAUUCGCCACAACUGAAAACAUUUGCGGCGGAGUGUUGAUGAAUCUAGUUUGAACCCCUUGCAAUUAAGUCAUUAUCAGCAUUGCGAUUUUCAGAUUCUCAGGAAAAUAACACUUGGUUAACAUAAACAAAUUCUGUCAGAUAUCAGGUGGAAAUUAAUACAAUUUUUUCUUGCAAGAUGUACAACACGGGAGAUAUAUACAAGAUCUCACUCCCAGGCAACAAAGCCAUCCCCAGAAAGAUCUUCUCAGAAUCCUCUCACCAAGAUGGCAGCAAGCAAUACCAUCGUUGGUACAAUCAACUUCAUCACCUUGCUUCUCUCAAUUCCAAUCAUUGGUGCUGGAAUCUGGCUCGCGAACGAACCAGACAACUCAUGCGUGAAGAUUUUGCAAUGGCCUCUUAUAAUUCUAGGCAUCUCAAUCUCGGUCGUGGCUCUAUUAGGUUUCGUAGGAGGGUGUUGGCGCAUCACUUGGCUCCUCAUCGUGUACCUUGUCGCCAUGUUCAUCCUUAUAGUACUGUUUGCGUGCUUGGUUGUUUUAAUUUAUUUGAUCACCAACAAGGGUGCAGGGCACCCUGCUCCAGGUCGCACAUACUUGGAACAUGACCUUGAUGAUUUUUCUGGUUGGCUUCGUCGAAAAGUGGCGAGUCCUUAUAAGUGGAAUCGGAUAAGAGCCUGCCUUAACUCGACAGAUAUGUGUUCUGAGUUAAACCAGAGAUAUCGCAUAGCUCAGGAUUUCUUCAAUGCUCGGCUAACCUCUAUACAGUAUGGAUGCUGUAUGCCCCCAGCUGAAUGUGGGUACACGUAUAUAAAUCCAACGUAUUGGCUUACUCCCAACAACACAGCAGCCAGCAUGGAUUGCUUGCAAUGGAGCAAUGACCAGAUGCAACUUUGCUUCCAUUGCGAUUCAUGCAAAGCGGGAUUACUUGCUAACUUGACCAAAGAAUGGAGAAGCGUAGACAUCAUAUUGCUUAUUACUCUUGUUGUUCUGAUAUGUGUGUAUCUGAUAGGAUUUUGUUGUGCCCUUAGGAAAUCUAAACCUGGAGAUGGAGACACAUCUCCCAGACGCAACAAGGAAAAUACCUAGGACCGUCUUGAUCUCCUUCCAACUACAAUAAUUGUUUUUGUUGUUUUUUUCAUUUUUAAGUUGCCAUGUUGGAACUUGAAAGAGAUGGCAUUCAUUUGGAGUUGGAACUUCAAAUCCAAAUAUUAUUUUUACCCAUGUAAAGUAGUAAUUAUCGAGAUUUGGCUUUGAAUGUUGUAUAAAGCUGAGUGCUGUUCGUGUGCGUGAUUUGCGGAGGCAACCGAAAGAUGAUUGCCAAGUUGUCUAUCACGAGGAAUUAGCAGGGCAGCAGCAAGUAUUUGUGGGGUUUCAGUAUUCAUCUCCAUCAUUGUCUCUUUUUUCUCUCUUUUUUAAUUAAAAAAAUUAC